GGGAACCGGAAACAGGAAAGCCUCUUUUCCGGGUGGAGAGAGGUGUGAUAGAGAACACGGAGGGCUUUUCGGAAAAGCCUUGUAGUCGCAUCCCGGAAGGUUUAUUCACAAGCUACUUAGGAAGGACAUGGAAGAGGAGGACCCAGUAGGACUUGGAAUUGGCAAGAAAGGCGCCCAUCCCAUCCAAGCUGGGAGUGCUGUUGAAGACUGGGCACGAGCUGUGCCAGAAGUCCUGGACCAAGACCCAGAUGUACAUAGGCGAUGCUUCUGGCAAUUCCGUUACCAUGAGGCUGAUGGGCCCCGAGAGGUCUGCCGCCAACUCUAUUCACUUUGCAACCACUGGUUGAAGCCAGAGAGGUACACCAAGAAGCAGAUCGUGGACCUAGUGAUCCUGGAGCAGUUCCUGAACAUCUUGCCCCUGGAGAUGCAGCUCUGGAUCAGAGGAUGCAGGCCGGAGACCAGUUCCCAAGCGGUGGCCCUGGCUGAAGGUUUCCUCCUGAGUCAGGCAGAGGAAAAGAGGCAGGCAGAGCAGAUAUGGGGGCCAUCCGUGAAGAUGGAAGCUAAGUUCUCUGAGGUGGAAAUAAUUCCAUUGGAGGAAUGGCAGAGGGAGCAGGCCCAAAAUACCCCCUCAUGUGGCAGUGAAGAGGUGGUGUCAAUCCGUUCUCUUCAUAGAGGUGUGGAAAUGGUUGCUGCAUCUCCUGUCCAGUGUCAAUUUUCCUUUGAGGAGGUGACUGUGUCUUUCACAGAGGCAGAGUAUGCAUUGCUGGAUCCAGGCCAAAGAACUCUCUACAGGGAAGUCCUGCUGGAGAACUACGACAACAUGGUCUUUCUGGUAGAGGAUGAUCAGGGGAAUGAGUGGGAUGAGGAACCGCAUCAGCUGUUGACUGAGAAAGUCAAGAAUGAUGACUCGAAAAUAAUCUUCACGAAUCAAGGUGGACUUGAGAGGCAGAAAGGCAGUCACGUGGUUGAGAAGAGGGUAAAACCCAUUCCUCGCCAAGGGCGGGAUUUCUAUGAAUUAAUCCACAUGGUGGAGGAAGCACAUGAGUGCUUGGAAUGUGGAAUGAACUUCUCAGAUCAAACCCAGUAUAAUAUCCAUUUGCAAAUGCACAGUGGAAAGAAGACCCAUCAAUGCUUGGAGAAUGGAAAGGACUUCGUUUGCAGAUCAGAGCUCCUUAGACAUCACAGAACAUAUACAGGAAAGAAACCUUAUAGCUGCUCAGACUGCGGCAAGAUCGCACAAAAACCAGACUUUGUUCGACAUCAAAGGAUUCAUUUAGGAGAGAAACCAUUUAACUGCUUGGAGAGUGGAAAAAAAGGUAAUGCGCUUUUCAUAAAGCAUAGUAUAAUAAAAGGAUGUAAAUGCUUUCAGUGUGGGAAGUGCUUCAAAUACAGAUCACACUUCCUUGUGCAUCGAAGAAUACAUAAAGGAGAGAAGCCUUUUGAAUGCCCAGAAUGUGGAAAGAGAUUCAGUCAGAACAGCAAUCGUGAACGGCAUCUAAGAAUCCACACAGGGGAGAAACAGUUUGAAUGCUCAGAAUGUGGAAAGAGAUUCAGUAGGAGUAGUCAUCUUCAACAGCAUUUACGAAUCCACACAGGAGAGAAGCCUUUUGAAUGCUCAGAGUGUGGAAAGAGAUUCACUAAUCGUAGCACUCUUCAACGCCACCUAAGAACCCACACAGGGGAAAAGCCCUUUGAAUGCUCAGAGUGCGGAAAGAGAUUCAGAAGGAGUGGUCAUCUUCGACAACACCUAACUACUCACACAGGGGAGAAGCCCUUUAAAUGCUCAGAGUGUGGGAGGAGAUUCAGUAGGAGUGGCACUCUUCAAAUGCAUCAAAGAACCCACACUGGAGAGAAACUGUUUGAAUGCUCAGAGUGUGGAAGGAGAUUUAAUCAACAUAGCCAGUUUCAACAGCAUCUAAUAACCCACACAGGGUUGAAACCUUUUGAAUGCUCAGAGUGUGGAAAGAGAUUCAGUCUACAUAAUACUCUUCAACGCCACCUCAGAACACACACAGGGGAGAAACCAUUUGAAUGUUUAGUGUGUGGAAAGAAAUUUAGAAAAACUGGUCAUCUUCAACAGCAUCUAAUAAUUCACACAGGGGAAAAACCAUAUAAAUGUUUGGAAUGUGGAAGCAGCUUCAGUCAGAGUGGCAACCUUAUUGCCCAUCAGAGAAUUCACACAGGGGAGAAACCAUAUAAAUGCCUAGAGUGUGGAAGCAGUUUCAGUCAGAAUGGAAGCCUUACUGUUCAUCAAAGAAUUCACACAGGGGAGAAACCAUAUAAAUGCCUGGAGUGUGGGAAAAGCUUCAGUCGCAGUACAAACUUGUCUUCCCAUCAAAAGAUUCACACAGGGGAGAAACCAUAUAAAUGCCUGGAGUGUGGGAAAAGCUUCAGUCGUAGUACAAACUUGUCUUCCCAUCAAAAGAUUCAUAUAGGGGAGAAACCAUGUAAAUGCAUGGAGUGUGGGAAAAGCUUUAGUCGGAGUGAUCGUCUUGCUUCCCAUCAAAGAAUUCACACACAGGAAAAACCAUAUACAUGCCUGGUGUGUGGGAAAAGCUUCCGUCACAGUUCAAACUUGUCUUCCCAUCAAAAGAUUCACACAGAGGAAAAAGCAUAUAAAUGCAGGGAGUGUGGGAAAAGCUUUCGUCGAAGUGGCAGCCUUACUUCCCAUCAAAGAAUUCAUACAGGACAGAAACCAUAUAAAUGCCAGGAAUGUGGAAAAAGCUUCAAUCACAGUCAAAACUUACAUACCCAUCAAAGAAUUCACACACAAGAAAAACCAUAUAAAUGCUUGGAGUGUGGGAAAAGCUUCAGUCGGAGUGAUCAUCUUGCUUACCAUCAAAGAAGUCACACAGGGGAGAAACUAUAUAUAGGGGUGUGCACCAUUGUUUUCCCCAGUGUUUUUCAGGUUUUGGUUUAAGACCUGUAAUUUUUUCAAAAACAAAACCCAAACCCCCCAUCCAAGUAUGGGGGUUUCCCUCUGGUUGUCCAAAGUGUUUUGGGUCAGCCAAGCCCAAUUUUUAGCUCUGAACCUCCAUUGGCUCCUAAGUCCAUAUGAAUUUCAGCGGAGGCAGUGCCAAACCCAGCAUUAAGCUCUGCCCCACUAUCUCUGAUGUCCACAUGACUUUCACAGAGAAUGGGGCAGAACUGAUCUAAAUGCUGGGUCUGACUUGACAAACCCACCAUUCAGUUCUCCGCAGCCUGUUACCUCCAAGUUCAUGUGGAUUUCUGAAGCUGCAUUCAGCUGGUGAGCGAUGGGAAGAGGGAGGUUGUGAUGGUUUCUCUCCUUUUUUGAUGGUGGUGGGGCUUAAGAGGCCUGAAAAAUACCAGAAAAAAUUGGCAUUUUUCAGGAUAUGCUUUUCAGCUCCCUUGAAUUAUCACCAUUUCUCCAGCAAAAAUAAACUAUUUAUAUUCA